AUGUCUUCUACAUUUGCUUUGGCUUCGAGUUUGUCUCACUUUGAAACUUUAGAGACACGUGCUUACGAUGAUGAUAAAUACGUACCACUUUUGACAUUUCGUCAGCAUUCUUUGGACAAUCAAGAAUCAGAAAAUGAGGAUGAGGACGAGAGUACAUUAGAAACAGACACAAGGGAUGUUCGCAAGAAAAGGCCAAAUGUCACUAAAACGCUUCGAACAAAUAAAGAGGAUAUCUCAAAGCAACUCUAUAUACCAAACUCAAAUGUUUCAGUAGACAAAAUGAUGAUCCGGUUCUCUGGUAGAAGCAUUCAUACUAUUCGUAUCAAGAACAAACCGACUCCAGAGGGUUUUAAAAUUUUGUCACUUUUAACUGGUCUUAAUCAAACUGGAUCUCUGGUUCACCACCUUGUUGAGCAACUUCCAUAUCGUCAAUUUUCUUUUAAUAUAUACAUGGACAACUAUUUUACGAGCAUUUCUCUUUUUCAACAGCUUAGGCAGAUUGGCAUUAGUGCUUGUGGAACUAUUAGAAAAACUGCCUCCGGUUUUCUGAAAGAAUUGAAAAUAGACAAAGGCAUUAAACUCAAUUGGGACGUUCGUUCUGGUGUUGUAAUAAAUGAUACAUUGGCUGUCCUCUGGCAAGAUAACGGACCAGUAACAAUGUUGACAACGAUUUAUAGGCUUGUUGGUGAAGAAUGGGAAGUAGAGCGUGAAAGAUGA